AUGCCGCCAGACCCAACGAUCGACGACGAGGAAUACGAGUCCUCCCAAGACUCUGACUUCGCACCCGAAGACGCAGCCGGUGCCGAUGGCGGUGCCGAGUCUGAGGCAGAGGACUCUUCCGACUCCGACUCCGAAACCGCGAAGACCAGCAAGCGCAAACGCGACGCUGCCGCGGGCGAUGAGGCAGACGAUGCGGGGUUUGAGAACUCGGGCGACGAAGCGCUGAUCAAGAAGGCGAAGAAGAAGCGCAAGAAGGCGAGAAGCGGCGAUGGGGCGCCAGACGGGGAUGACGAGGGCGGCGAGGGAGGGCUGGUGAAGACGCGGAGCAUGCGCGCUGCAGAAAAAGUAGAGCGAAAGAUGGCUGCUGCUACCGGGCCGGUGACGGUCGACGUCGACGCGAUUUGGGCACAGAUGCUCGCGGGGCAGACGACGACGCAACCGAGCCAAGAACAGGGCGCCGGAGAAGCGGACGCCACCGCGCAGCCUUGCGGCACAACAGACGCGCAAAAGCAAACCGACGCACCGGAAACCGAGCCCUCAGAUAUGAUCCGCAUCAAGCGAACGUACAAUUUUGCCGGAAAAGUGCAGACAGAGGAGAAGCUCGUGCCGCGCGACUCGGCCGAGGCGAAGCUCUACCUCGCCUCCCUGGGCAAGGACGCACCCGCUGAUGAAGGCGCCGCUGAGCCGGAAGAGCCCAAGAGGGUACUGAAGAAGGCAUUCCGUUCGGCGUUCGAGCCCACCAUUGAGAUAGUCGGGCAGCGGUCCGACUUGAACCUGGGCAUGACGGUGCGGAUCAAGGCGCGCGAGAAGCAGGCGCAGGCGAAGAAGCUCAACACGGUCGAGAAGAGCAAGAUGGACUGGGCCGGGUACGUGGACAAGGAGGGCCUCAAGGACGAGUUGGAGCUGGCGGGGAGGUCCAAGGAGUCCUACGCCGGGAGGCAGGACUUUUUGGCGCGCAGCGAGGCCAAGAGGGAGGAGGAAGCCCGGCGGGCGAGGAUUUCGGGGCGUGUAUGA